AUGGUCAUCACUUUGAGGCUCCUCUCCUUUGAGGAGCUGAAGGCGAAGAAUCCGGACACCUCGCCUGAGGAGCUCGAAAAGCUUUGGCGUGAGAAGAUGAGGCCGGAGUGGGUCGUCCACGAGCUCCAGUACAUCAAGGCCGAAGGCUGGAAAGACGAGGGUGAGGAUGUCAACGCAGAAGAGCUGCGCCAACAUCCAGCCGAUGAAGAGUACUACACCUUUGAGCAGCUGAAGGAGAAGGUCGGAGGCCAGGCGUUCGUGCUUCUUGAGACGCCGAUUGCAGUGAGUACGUGUUAG